AUGGGUCUCCUCUUUGGUCCCUCACUGGUCUCCCCGAUUCCUCUUCCACUUCGACUUUUCGUCCCGUUUUUCGUUCGUGUCUGCGCAUCGGUAGACUUUUCCGAUUUUCUGGCUAGAACGAGUUCAAACUCGGCGACAAUGAGUUCAAGGACGUCAUAUUCUGGCGACAACGAUUUGAACCAGCAAAAUCCAACACAAAUGGAGCGUAAUUUCCCUAAUAUUUUCACCGAUGGAUACGACUCCCGGCCUAACAACCAUCCUAUUGUUGUUGUGGCAAACGCGAUGGAGCUCAUGUUGUCGUUUUAUAUUCGCUACGUCAAUUGGACUCUUAACCAUGAAGAGUCUCCCCCACGGAAACAUAAUACCCCUAUUGUUUCCUCGCCUCCCCGAAGAAAGAAGUACAAGUCGGAAACAUCUUCGACUGAAAUUGCCACAAAUGCUUAUUCCUCGCAACAAUCUGAAGUAGAAAGAACUUAUAUGUCAAGCGACACAUCAAGAAGGUCGGUAAAGAAGAAGAAGACGAGAACAAAGUCAUUGGUGAAGCGUCUAAUAGGCAUUAUGGCUGACUUAACUUCUAAAAUAGACCGUGUAUUACUGAAAAAAGAUGAACCAGGUACAGGGGUUGGAGAGGAGCAGGACAUGGGAAAUGAAGAGGAGGAAGAAACAUAUUACCAAGAUGCAAUCCACACCAAAAUUGAAGAAAAUCACCAAAGCAAGGAAAAAAAAGCAGUGGAGAGUCCUGAAAAAGAAAAUGAAGACAUUGUGAAUGAAGAGAGUAAUGAUGUUUCAAAUCAUCUACUGUUAGACAAUCUUUAUGCUGCUAGUCUGUUGGGUUUUUGGAUAAAAUGGAAUAUGAUCUCUUCCAACCUCAACACUACACACAUGCUGCAUAUACUCCCACUAGAUGUGGAGUUUUGGUCAAGGAAUGUAGCAAAUGGUGUUGGAGGCUAUCCUAAAUGGAAGGAUGUAGAUAUGGUUCUAUUCCCCAUAAACGUUGUUGGUUUUCAUUGGUUUUUGGUAGUGCUACGUUUAAAUACCUGGAAAGUACACAUUUAUGAUUCAACACGAUCUAUGGAUUUCUUGUCAAAGUACUUGAUUGGUGGAAAAUUCAAAAUUUUUGGGGAUAGUAUUAUCUCAGAGCUAGAUGUGAUUGAGUACUGGAACGAUUUCCCCGAUGGACACAAAGCCAACGCAACUGUGGAGUUUGUUGAUACUAUAGACGAGCCACAACAAGAAUAUAUUGAAGAUAGAGGGGAUUGUGGAGUAUUCAUAUGCGUGUUUAUGGAAAUGAAUGGUUCGGGGGUACCGAUGAAGAUUGAUAAGCCACGUAGAGAUGCGAGGUUUCUCUACAGAAAUAGGAUGACAAAUAUUACUUGGGAUACUAUAUAA